AUGGCUCAGAAACGAUCGCGUGCGACGUUCGAAGCGGACCUCCAAGCUCAACAAUCCCCUUAUGUCAUUUACGGCACUCCUUUAGCUCCUGUAGAUCCAGAGACCCGCGACGACGGCUCCUAUGUGCCUGUAUGGAAGCAAGAAGUGACAGAUGAGCAGGGGAGAAAGAGACUGCAUGGCGCCUUUACUGGCGGCUUCAGUGCCGGGUACUUCAACACCGUCGGCUCGAAAGAGGGAUGGACGCCGUCUACGUUUGUGUCCUCACGGUCCAAUCGGAAGACCCAACCACAGAAGCAAGAGCAGAGACCAGAGGACUUUAUGGACGAGGAGGAUCUUGCUGAAGCAGAGGAGGCACAGAAAUUGCAGACUACAGAUACGUUUGCCGGCUUAGGUUCGAAUACCGAAGCAAAGAAGCCAGAGGACUUGAUGGACCUUCUCAGACCAACUGGUGAAUCGAUGGGUACAAAGCUAUUGAAGAAGAUGGGAUGGCGGGAGGGUCAAGGCAUUGGCCCGAAGAUUCGACGGAAAACUAGAUUUGAAGAUGGGGAGUCGAUGGAUGAUGAUGAGUCGCAUCUUUUUACGCCAGAAAACUCCAAGAUGAUAUCUUUCAGCCGAAAGACAGACAGAAAAGGCUUGGGCUUUGAGGGCGAAGCAGCGUUGGGGACGCAACUCUCUGAAGUGGAGCCUGCUGACCGACAUGGCCUUGGAGACCAGCCAAAUGAGCAGGCAGCGGCUGAGCUAUCUACGAAUGGCGUCAAGACCUUAAAGAAAAGUAAUGGAAGAAAGGGUGGGUUUGGAGUGGGUGUUCUCAACGACGAUGGGUCAGAUGACGAUGAUCCGUAUUCAAUGGGGCCGCGAAUAUCCUAUAAUCGCGUGAUUGGAGGCGAUAAAAAGAAAAAGAAGAAGUCCGAAGCAGCCAGAACUACAGCGAACCCUCUGCUGGGGCACAAGCUGGCAUUCGUCUCGAAGAAAGACUCCCUUGAAAAGAAAAGCAAGCAACAUCAACGCUGUCAUGACGGCCGUCUUCCAAUUGACGGUUUUAUUCUCUCGUCCGUCUCAGAUGCCUUAUCCUCAAUUCUCUCCCAGGACUCCAAAUAUCCACCUCCACAAAUUCCAGAAGGAUGGACACUUCCUGAUCUUACUUCUCCCAACAACCCUACAGCUAGUACUGCAAGCAAACAGCCCCCUCCGACCGCACUCAGCCCUUCCUCCCGCGCCGCUCUCAUGGGCGAAGCACCACUCCCAGGCAAAUCAGUCUUUGACUUCAUGACUCCCUCCGCACGCUCCCGCAUAGCGACCGCAACAUCCAACCAGAAUCUUCCUACCGCUGGCAGCGAAGCCCCGCUUCCUCCGCCUAAGCAAUCCCUCACUGACCUCAUUCCCGCUCUGCCAAAAGAAACAGCUCUCGCCGCCCUCAACCGGGGCACAGCAGGCUGGAUGCCGUACACUGAAGACCCUGCAAAGCGCUCCCGCUACCGUGGAUUUCUUGAACUGCGCGCUGGUCUCCUACCAGAAGACACGCUACCAGAACGCGUGUCAGGGGUGAAGGUCGACGAUUGGGCCAAAGAACUCAGCGAAUUCGCUCAUGCAGCCCAGAUAUUCAAACCAAUGAGUAGUGCUAUGGCUACCCGCUUCACCUCGUCAUCCUCCGUUCCAAGCAGCGGGGAUGUCAAACCCCUGGGCACUGCCUCCGAAACUGGCGAACUCCUGACCACACCAUCUCAGAAGACGAAAACACCCGCCGAAGAAGCCGCUGCAGCGGGUAUGUACGGCCCCCUUACGCGAAGCGUGAAGAAUUGGUACCCCACGCGACUUUUGUGUAAGCGGUUCAACGUCAAGCCGCCUGCUCAUGUGCAGGUUGACCCCCGGGAAGCAGCCCCUGGGAUGGCGGCAUCAGGGCAGGCGAGAGAGAAAUCGACGCACUCGACAGCGUUGCCGCAGAAGCGCUUGGAGCUGGUGGGAAAGAAGGAUAUGGAUGAUUUGAGAUUGAGUGGGGCAGCUAGAGCAGAAGGGAUGAGGCUCAUGAUGCUCACUAGUGCAGGGGUCGAAGGGGGAAGUGCUGGGGAUGAGGGGAUAUUUGAGGGACAAGGCAGAGGGAAGGGGAAUGCUGUGGCUAUUGAUUCUGAGAGGAACGAUGCGAUUGAGAAGGAGAGGCCUGGAGAGGCCGUAUUUAAAGCCAUCUUUGGUAGUGACAGCGAAGAUGAUUGA